AUGUCUAUUCCUCCUUCUGCGCUCCAUCGCCCUCACUUGAAACCGCUGAGCUCUCGUUGGCAGUUCCAGUCCGGUCAGCCUGAGGGUGGCGCACACCGCCGCUGGGCAGGUAAAGAGGCAGCAAACCACUUUUACGGGCUGGCGCCCAUGGAUGAGUUCUUCAACCUAGCAUUUCCUGGGAUUCAGCCACACGGACUUGACGGAUCCAAAUUGAACGACUUCAAAAUCAACUUAGGGCUGGUACCUGUUGGUCCGCGCGUGCUCGAAAGGGAAAUGUAUAAACCACUUGAACUCGCAUUGGACGAAAUAGCUCAGGUCGUUCGGGGACAGGGUACACUGGAGCCGACAAUUGCCGCGGAGCACAUGGCCAACUUUGCCGAUGAAGGUCUCAAGUUGUGUCCAGAUAUUGUCUUUCACACGUCGUCUACGCGUCGAUUGUCCUCCUGGGCUUACGGUAUCAGCUUUGUUGAAGUGAAACGGGAUGAGAACGAUGAUCCUUUGCAUCUUACCGACAGGAAAGCCAGUCUUCGUAACGUCGACGUCUGGAAUCAAAUAACAGAGUAUGCUGCCAUCGCUCAAAAGAUGACAUCGCGGUGCUUUUAUGUGGCAGCCGGAGUAUUUGGAGAGAAGGCACGAUUCUUUUUGUGGGACCGCUCUGGCGUACUGGCCUCGGAGAGCUUUCGCUACAAGGAGGACCCUGAGCCGUUUGUGACCUUCCUGAAUGGGCUGGCAAACUACCGAUCCGGGGGCUUGGAUGCCACUGCUCUUCACCAGCUAACCCCGAUCGAAGUUUCUCGGAUCUGCGAGGCUUGGGGAAAGGUGGAAGAGCUUGGCCUACUGAAGGGAAGGCACUAUCCGACUACCAGUCUCUGGACAGACCUUUCACGCGAGAGCAGCGUUGUACUGCUUCCCGGCUCCCCUUAUCAAGUCGAGGAAAGAUAUCUCACUAUCGGCCGUCCUCUCUUCGCUACCGAAUCAAAUUUUGGUCGGGGAACCCGGGUCUGGUUGGCGAUCAGAGCCGAAGGACCCACAGAUGAAUUUGUGAUUAUCAAAGAUGGCUGGCGCGACGCAGAAAGAUGGUCGGAGACAGGAAUAUAUAAAUAUAUCCGCGAGAAGUUGGGGAAAAUACGAGGCUUAGCAAGACACAAGGACGGUCGUGACGUAGAAGAACCAGGGUAUCCUCAUCGAUCACUCGCGCACCGUCUCGCCGCCUCCUUGGGAAUUCGGCCCUCGCAACACCGAGUCCAUCACAGGUGUAUCCUGAGCUCCGUAGGCAAACCUCUCUCAAGUUUCAGCUCGACGUAUGAGUUACUUGAAGCUGUGCGCGACGUUGUCAAAGGUCUCCGUGACCUGGCGAAACAAGGUGUCCUUCAUCGAGACAUCAGCGCAAAUAAUAUCAUGAUCAGCAUCGAUCCAGCGAAGGAAAAUGGCGCCAAGGGUUUUCUGAUUGAUCCAGAAUUAGCAUUUAUUCCAGAAAUGUCGAAGAAAGAACUAAAGUACCUUACGGGAACUAUCCAAUUCCUGUCCAUUGAGCGACUACAAGAGAACCAGAGCGACCACAAAUCAUGGCAUGAUUUGGAGUCCGUCUUUUGGACCGUUCUCUGGGCAGUUCUUCGACACACCAACUCUUGGGUGACCAUUACGGAGUACGGUACCCCGCGGCCUGGCAAGGACUGUGUCACCGAGAUAUUUGACACUCCGAAGGGAGGCGGCAAAAUGAUAUUCCUCACUCUCGGAAAGGUCGAAGUUGAGGGUAAUGUCCCGCUCACGAAUUGCCUCGCCAAGCUUCGAUUUCUGGUAUACACCAAGUACGUCCGGGAUCCGGAGAUCAAGGCUUUACUGCGUCAGGAAGCCGAGGACGAGUUAAAGGGACAGGAUUUCACAUGA